CCCGUAAGAAGUGCUGCACUUCGUCGAUUCGACAACGUUAUCGCGUUCGGAAUGGUACAUUUUUCGACUCGUCGACGGUGUCGUGUCGUGCAGUGGAAUCGUGGCUGCGCAUCGUCGUUGUCGUCUCCCCCACUCGCGCCAUCGGCGGGAAGUCAAAUUUUACGUGGAAACCAUUUUUUUGUCAGUGUCUAGGAGCUCGUGGCGUCUCACGGGAAGAAAAGUUGGGCGCAAGUGGACUGUUUCCUUUUUGCAACAAUCACGACUUUAUCGCUCAAAUAGGACAGUACAAUCAACAUUGCGCCCCGACUAUUGGCAUCGACUUAAGCGAUGGGAAUCCUGUCACAAAUUCCACCGUUGCAGGACCAUCUGGAAGAUGCGUUUUCUGCGCUUACGAUACAGCAGCAGCCGAAGCAAUCCGUGGCCGCAGCGCGAAGAGUUGGGUUAUACAACGGGAAUGUAACCACGAGCUUUGUUGUUGAGAACCACUUACAACGCAAUUCGGCCGCCACGCAUAAUAAUCCUUCAUCCUUCUACGCAGCAACGUUUCAUCCUCCUGCCGCACCAAGUGACACAGGAGGAGAUGGAACAACCCUGCAGUUUCCCUUCUCAUCCUCCUCCUCCCACCAGCGACAGUUCCUCAACUUCCCCACCCACGGCUCCUUUCACACGCGGCGCACGUUCUUCACGCCGGAAGACGCGCUGCGAGAGGGCGAAAGCUGCCCCACCUGUGCGUGCGAGGGGUGCCAGACGGCCUUGGGGAGCAACGUGGGGUCGCAGGCGAUUGAGUGCCCGAACGUGCCCCACCACAGCAAGGAUCCGGUGGUGUCGAAAGCGUUAUGGUACAGCCGCCUGGUGUUCAUCUUUUUUGCGGGAAUAUCCUUGGGCGGCUACCUCGCCUUCUGGAUUCGGGGACGGCAGGUCAGGAAGCGGGCGCAGUUGAUGGACGACGACGGGGAAAUCAAGCGGGUGGACAUGUGGGUUGACGACGACGACGAGUCGUCGGACGAGGAGGGCAUGAGCGCGGGCGAUUUCUUCAUGAAUCUGUUCGGCGCCCCGGUGAAGCUGGCGAACGCGAUGAUCGAGCAGGCCACCGGGGUCAGGUUGUUGCCGGAUUCCGUUUAAGCAUUGCAAAUAUGUCUGUGCUCUUUGGAAGCAUGCAAGGCUUGUCAUGUUCGGUUAGCAUGACGCUCAAGUGUCGUGUCUCUGCACACCACCCAAACGAACUACUUUUCUGUCAUGCAGGAUCUACUUACGCAGUUUGUUGCCAGUCAGAGCAACACUCAAUGUCAACACCUAGCACCUCGAAGACUUCUUGUCAUGCUUCGCUGUUAAUUGAGGUAUCAAUCCUCGUGAUUCUCGUAUCAGCAGGACAAGUUUGUUCCGGACCAAGGCGUAUUUGCAAUCUCCAUACCGUCACGGAGAAGGUGCGGUUUUCGUUCCGCGAUCGGGAUAUCCUUGAGCGGACCGACUUGACCGAUAUGGAGAAGGCGUUUUUGAUAAUGAAAGGCGACUACGAGGAGCACAUGGAGCUCAGCGAGCGGGAAAAAGCCAUUUUGAAAGACAGGUAUUUAUAAUAGGCCGCAUAUAGAAAUUUCAUUUGCUCAAAACCGUCCGCAAUGCAAAAAGAAAAACUUAACAAGAAAACGUACUGUUCGAAUAAAAAUCAUCAAUCAGGUCCUUGACGGACAUGGAGAAGGCGUUUCAGAUGACCCGCGAGAUGGAGGAGGUCAACCUCCCGGGCCACAUGUCGGACAUGCAGAAGGCCUUCCGCGAGCUGCAGGUGGACAUGGGACUGCGCCCGGCGGACGACGGGGGCGUGAUGGGGGCGCUGCUCGGCGAGGACGAACUGAGCAAGAAGCUGAAGGGCAAAUCCGACAUGGAGAAGGCGCUGGCGCUCCAGCUGAACGCGAUGGGGGUGGAGGAGGAAGACCUGACCAGUGACAUGCAGAAGGCCUUCAACCACGUUGCUGCCAAGUACGGGCUGGCGCCGGGCACGACCGAGGAUGACCACGCGUUCGAUGAGGACGGGAACCGGAAGAAAACGAAGAAGGAGGGCGGCGUGUUCGGUAUGUUCGAGGAGGUUUUUGGGAAGUCCGACAUGGAGCAGGCCUACGAGGAGGUCGCGGCCAAGGUGGACAAGAAGAAGAAAAAGAAGAAGGGGCUGUUUGGGGGCCUGUUCGGGUGAGGAUGGGAAGUUAUGCCUCGAGCAGCGGGGAUGCUUUUCUUGAUGCGGGACGAAUUUACGACCAAGAUGUUGCUACUCGCGUCAGACAAAAUAAGUACGUACGAGUGAAGCUUUUCAACAUAUAGUGCUUUCAAUCGAAUAGAUCGUACGUAGACAAAAGUAAAGUAGAUCGAUACGUCCAGAUGUGCGCUUGUAGCUGCACCCCGAAACGAAAUUCUCUGAUGUUGGCGCACCGCGCAUGGGGUUGUUCCGUUGUUUUAUCCAGAAGGGUG